AUGACAAGUGAGUCGCCCGAUCGAGACGUGGAUCCGUCUGCAUCAUACCACCCGAAGAAGCGGUUGAAGUAUACGCAGAUAGCAUGGUUCGUCUGCCUCGCUCCAUUCCGCAAUGUCUCCCUUCGGCAACCUUGCAAUGACCAGGUUUCUGAGAGAUACCCCGUGCUCAUGCUAACAAUGAUAGCAAUGAAUAUUCCCUGCGUGUAUCCAACUGAUCGCAUGCCAAUCCAAGAGACCGAGUUCAAAGAUGCACGUGUCGGUCCCAGAUUUGAUUCCGUGGAUCGGCAACUGGAGAUGCUGCAGCGAGAAAUGCGGAGUCUAGCUACUCGCCUGCGAGAGUUGGAAGCUUCCAGCCCGGCAUCCUCGAGACCUGUAAAGACAUCUACUCCAAGGGAGUUGGAUCGUAUUUUGAACGCGCCAAAAUCACCACCGUACGUUGGGCCGACCAGUGCGGAGUUUGGCCUGCGGCGACAACGAGCUUCUAGAAACCCUGCUAGUGAAAAUGAAGCUGAUGAGGAUAUGCCCUUGUCUACACCGACCCGAAGUCCCACCCCAGAGGGUACAGCUCCGCAUUCAGGGAGUGGUUUCAGUAUAGGACUUGAUGAUGCCUUACGCUUGGUGCAGGUGUAUGAGGAUCUUGUCGGGGUUAUGUAUCCUUGUGUGGAUAUUGAUAGUGUUCGUGGCUAUGUGCACGAGUAUUAUCGCUCCCAUGAUAUGAUUCUUACUGAUGCCACUGACUCGUUGGAUAAAGGCUCGACGGAUCAGGAUUGGUUUUUUGCUCGGGAUAUUCAAGUGUUGAAAUUGAUCCUUGCGACUGCUCUUCUGGCUGAGUCACAUGGCCGCAGUGAAGCUGCGGCGCAGCUUGCGGAUAGUGUGGAAGACCGGUUUGCCAGCCGAUUUAAGGUUGCUGAGGUGGAUAUGAAGGAAAUUUUGAUCAUGACAUUACUGUCAAUCUUCCACUCAUAUCGUGAUGAUGAAGUCAUCUCCUGGCGCAUGACCCGCAUCGCGACUAGUGCCUGCAUGGAACUCGGCCUUCAUCGGCAAGAAACCUGGCAGCGGACAGGAGGUGUCUUCCCGGGUGAGCUUGCUAGGACUUGGGCAAUGCGGCUCUUCUGGUGCAUAUACGUCCUGGACCGAAAGUGGUCUUUUGGCAGUGGCCUUCCUUUUGGCAUUCAAGACAUGGAUAUGGAUACAAAUCUCCCUGAGCCGGGACACUCCACCCCAUACUUGACGUGCAUGAUCUCGUAUGCACGGUUGAGCACUAAGAUCUGGGGCUUGGUCAUGGAGUGGCCCAAACACUCGAGAUUAGCGACUGCUGAUAAAUGCGCCGAACUGGAUGCGCAGGUGCAGCAAUGGAUUUGGUCGAUCCCACGGGAUCUACGCUUCAAUCCGAAUUGGCAACCUCGCGCACUUCCGAGACCUGAACAGUCGCAGCAGAAUGACCGAGUGAUGAUGCUGCAAGUUUUGCUUGCGUUGCAAGGAAACCAACUUCGAAUCUUAGUGUAUCGACAGAACCUGCAAAGCAGUGACCAUAUCGCCGGAGACGUUGCGGGCGCUACUAUAGCUGUGGAAACGGCGAAGAGCACGAUCCACAUGUUGGAAUAUUUCAGCGGCGUGACGAAUAUUUACUUUCAACGGCCGGAGCCGUUCAAUUAUUUUUUGAUCUCUGCAUUGGCUGCUCUUCUUUUGGCAGUCUUGCACGCGCCAAGUCGCUUUAGCCAUGUCUGUCGUCCAGAGUUCUAUACAGCUAUAGAACUCGUGCGUCGCUCGGCGACUCGUGCUCGAACAUCACGGCGCUUACAGAAGAUCAUCCGCAGUCUAAAACAUAUUCAAUUGCACAAGGGUGGCCCAGACCAGGCGGUCUCUCAUGGUCGUCCAGCAAAACCAGCAACCCGAGGCACGAAAAGGCCCGCAGACUACCAUUCGCGCCCAACGACACAGGCAGAGUCUAUGUCUGGACGGGGGCCGUGGGAUGUCAAUCCUCUUUCUAAUCCAGCUUCGCAGCCUACAUCCAAUCUCCACCCUAGUCAGAACUACGACACAUCGACGACUUCGUGGCAAAUCUCCCCGGGAACAGUGAUGGACGAGCCCAACAUUUGCGAAGAUCUGAGCAGUUUCUUCGAGAAUGCUGGUGACCUGUACUUUGAUUCUCAUGCAACCUCGGACCUCCACUUACCCACUGGACCAGAUCUGUCGCUAGCCAGGGGAGUGGAUAUGGGUUUCUUUUCUGUACCUGCGAACCCGCAGUCCCCUAAUAACGCUUUUGAUGCAUUCGAGACUGACAAUGAGGAAUUGACGCGGGUGAUGGCAGGUUUACUAUAA